GAUUGGAAUCUGGAUCCGUCUGUGUCGAGCUGUUCCUGGGUGUUAACCGCAGAAGAUCAGGGAGGGCUGGAGUGAUUUGUGCCCGCCUUAAACCCGUUCACUGAUCCCAUUCUGAAUCGGAGAUACUACUGCACGGGCGCCGCAGUUCUGCUACACUGUUUCAGUCCGGCGCGGAUUAGAACGCUCAGUGUUACAUUGUGACAUCGCGCCGCGCUGACUGUGAUACACUGUAUCUGCCGCCUCUGAUGAUGAUGAGGAUGGAGCGCUGGAGGGGGAGAGUCGCGCUGGUCACCGGGGCGUCUGUCGGCAUCGGAGCGGCUGUGGCUCGCGCUCUCGUCCAGCACGGCAUGAAGGUGGUCGGCUGCGCGCGGAACGUGGACAAGAUCGAGAAGCUGGCAGCCGAGUGUCAGAGCGCGGGAUACAGCGGCACUCUGAUCCCGUAUAAGUGUGAUCUGUGCAACGAGGAAGAGAUUCUGUCCAUGUUUUCAGCCAUUAAGACGUUGCAUCAGGGAGUGGACGUGUGCAUCAACAACGCCGGCCUGGCUCACAAUGAGCCGCUGCUGAGCGGAAGGACAGAGGGCUGGAGGAAUAUGAUCGAUGUCAACAUACUUGCUCUGGCCAUCUGCACGCGUGAGGCCUACCAGUCCAUGAAGGAGAGACACGUGGAUGACGGACACAUCAUCAACAUCAACAGUAUGGGGGGUCACAGGAUGGUGCCCAGCGCUGAUGAACACUUCUACUGCGCCACGAAAUAUGCUGUGACCGCUAUGACAGAGGGACUGAGACAGGAGCUACGGGAGGCCAAAACACACAUCCGAGCCACGUGUAUAUCACCUGGAAUAGUGGAAACUGAAUUUGCCUUCCGGCAUCACAACAGUGAUCCAGAGAGAGCCGCGGCUGUUUAUGAAAGUAUAAAGUGUUUGAAAGCAGAAGACAUCGCCAGUGCCGUCACAUACGUCCUGAGCGCGCCUGCUCAUGUUCAGAUCGGUGAUGUGCAGAUGCGGCCGGUGGAGCAAGUGUCGUAGGAACGGAUGGGGAUUGGGAACGGGACGACAUGCAGUGGGCCAACACAAGUGGUGACUGGCGACACCUACUGAGCAAAAACACUUAUAACACCUAGUUUUAAAGAACUGAUUGAAGGGAAUUGGUUUGGGUUUGCAGAUCGGAUCAAAUCUGAGAAGGCAGCGCUGUGUGGCUCGAUCUGACGCGACGCUCGGAAGCGUCGGAGAGCGAGAUUACCUCCGUUUAAAUUCACAGAUGUACACAGUCUGCUGCUGUCUCAAAUAUAAGGGGAAACUUUCAGGCUUUUCUAAAAACACACAAUGAACGAGGAUUUAAUGUGUGUUACUGUCUGAUCCGGUCAUCUGAGACCAAGUAUACUGAGACCAGUGCGCCAUGAAUUGCACACAUUUUUUUUGUUUGUUUUUUAGGUCAUAUUACAUAUCUGUUUGAGAGUGUGACGAAUAGAAACAGUCGCUCGGUGCCAGUUGAGGUGAUGUUAAUUUUUUUAUGAGUAUUCUAACUUGAAUUGUAUGUAGAUGUGGUUCUCAUAGCGAUCCAGCUACUGUUCGUUUGAAGCGCGUGGUUUUCAUGAGAGAGAAACCCGUUCGACUGCAGUCACACUCCGAAUCAGAAACCUGAUGAUAAAUGUUGGUUUUUACAUUGAGCUUUCACUGAAUGAAAGGUAGGACACUGGCUUCUUUCAUAGGAAAACGAGUAUGUUGAGGACUUAUAAUACUUGAAAUAAUGCUUGAUGUAGUCUGUUCUUACUGAUUAAACUUGAUUAUGAUUAUUGGUUAUGGAUAAAUUCCUUUCCUUUUCACUGUAUGUCACCUCUACAUCUCAAAACAAUCCAAAACUAU